AUGGACACCAAAAGGGGCUCUUUCGUCCCCCAGGACAUUGAGAUCCCGAAGAAUGACAUACCGUUGCGAGUGACCCCGUUGAGGAUGAAGUUCCCGGACACGCUGGCCGGGAGGGUGUAUCGCCUUCCGAUUACUGUGCAAAAUCUCGGUCGUUGCAACCAGAAGAUUCGGUUUCAGGAGCCUAUUAAGCCACAGUUCAAACUGAUUUUGGCCAAUCUGGAUAAAGAACUUGCUCCUGGCCUUCAUGUGACAGCUAUGGUGGAAUAUCAUCCAGAUAAAGAUGAAGACAUUUUUGAUCAACUACUUAUUUCAGUAGGAAAGAAAAUAAUAGAAAUCCCACUAAUUGGGUUGAUUCCAUUCUGUCUACUGGAAAUUGAGUCGGAAAUUGAGUCAGUAGUUAAUUUUGGCAUGUUGGUUGCCAAUAGUAAAGUAUAUUGUAAAGAGAUUAAAAUAAUUAAUCGUGGCAGAGUUCCAGGUAUGUUUAAGACAGAAUAUCAGGGCCGAUUACCCAUCCUCAUUUCUCCAACUAGUGGUAUUGUGGAUUCUAAGUCAUCGAUUGUUAUCAAAGUGAAUUUCUGUGCAGACCACCCAAGAAUUGUAGAUGAAGAGGCAAUAGUGAGUUUGCAGGAUCGUCCUGAUAUACACUUGAUUAUCAAAGCUCAUGUGGUUGAGCAGAUUAUUGAAUUGUUAAACAUGAAUUCGAAUAAAAGGUUGGACUGCAUACGCUUUGGUUCUAUUUUCUUUGGAACAUCAAAAAUUGAACGUGCAGUUAUACACAAUAAUAGCCCAGAACCCUUAAGUUGGGUGGCCAUAAUGCAUGAUGAUUCUGUAGGAGAAGAAUUGGGUACAAAUAUUCAACAAGGAACAGAUGUUGCUUUAAAUAAUCUCAACUACAUAAGAAAAAUAAAGAACAUAGAUAUUACCAACUUUAUCUCCUGUGUUCCUAAUGAAGGGACUUUACUGCCUUAUCAAAAGACUGUAAUUACAUUUUGUUUCAGCCCAAAGCUAAUAAUUGAUGGUAAGAAGGAUAUUGAACCUUCACACAGGCAGGACUAUGCUGUCUUUAUGAGAUUUGAGUUCAAAGGAAACAAAGAUGGAUUUUUGAGAGAUGAUAAUUAUAAAACUAUCAAAAGUGAUCAGUUCCAGAAAGUGGAAUUAGCACUGACAGGUACAGGACUUCCUGUCGUAUUACAGUUUAAUUCAGGAAAAGUUCUUAAUUUUACACCUUGUUUCAUGGGUGAACGUUCAGAGAUUCAGUGUAUUAUACAAAAUCAAUCCAAAUCACUUCCUGUGUUGUACCACUUUAAAAAAACUGCACAUUUUAAAGUUGAUCCUAAAAGGGGCAAAAUUGAUGAAGGAUGUACCCAGCAUGUAAUGUGUUCAUUUAUUCCACAUCAAGUUGGAUUCUUUAAAGUGAAGCAGGUGAUAGAAAUUAUUGGCUCAGUGGCAGAUGAAAAUUUGCAGUCUUUAUCAAUGAAACCUUUUUAUCACAUAUAUUUGGAUUUCAACAGCAUCUGCAAACCUUCCAGGAAGAAAGUUGUGAUGAAAAUUAAUCCUGGUAUAUCCCCUUUGGUAAGUAAUCCCGUGGGACAGUUUGUGGUUGAAGACUUGGCAAAAUCCAAGGAUUCCGCACCAGUAGCAAUGCUUCAAUCAGCCAUGACAAGCAUUCACAAUCACCACUCAAGUAAAAAGUCAAUGAAGGAUGCAUUGAUAGCCUUUCCCAAUGACCGAGCUGCAAGUAUCAGGUCUGGAGAUCAUCAUAAAAAUUUCAGGACAAUUUUCACAAAGAUUCCAAGAUAUAACUAUGUGGAUCCUGAAUUUGAAUAUACUGAAUUUGAAAAAUUGGAAAAGAAAUCACAUGAAAUUUACUAUGCAAAUUAUAUUAAAUAUUUAGGAAAUGUGCGCCUGCAGAAACAAGCAGCAAGGGAGCGCAAGUACUCAUAUAAUGAUACAGACGUAAGCUUACAACCAGCAUCGGGUCUAAAGUCACCCUCACUAUCAGUAGCAGAAAUAGAAGAAAAGCAGUCUUUGGCAGAGUGUCCGGUCAAAGCUAACCAAUUGCUAAGUACCAAGCAUAUAGCAUCCAAGGAGGAAGAAUCCCUGAGAAGAAAGGUUCUCAAAGGAUUUAAAUCAGAACCAAGCACGCCCCAAGAAAAACAUGAUUGCAGCUUAAUUUUGACACCAAAGCAAAUUCAUCAAGUAAUUGUUGGGCCUUCUGUCGUAAACUUUGGUAAUAUUUGUGUGAACUCCACAAAUACUCAUCUACUGCAUGUUGUUAAUAUGCUACCUAUGCAUAUUUUGAUUCAGUUAGAUAUUAAUUUUAAAGAACUUCAGAAGACCAACCAAUUUUCAUAUGUGAUGCCACCUACAUCCAGUACUUCUAUUUCAAUAGUAUUUGAAUCUCCCAUCAUUGGAAAAUUUUGGAAUUCCUUCAACUUUACAGUGAACAACAGACCCAGUGGACACAUUCUAGUGAUGGCAGUCGUCCAGCCAGUAGAACUUGAGCUAUCUUCGAAUGAACUUGUAUUGAGACCACAAGGUUUCUUGAUGAAAACAUGUUUUUGGGGGACAGUUAGGUUGUAUAAUCGUCAGAAUCAUUCUGCCCAAUUUGAAUGGCAACCGGUAAACACAGGAAGAGGGAUGGCAUUUUCUAUUCAUCCAGAUAAAGGCACUGUUGAAGCAUUCUCCUCACUGGAAUGUGAAGUAACAUGGCAUCCAAGUUUCAGUUCUCCAGAAAGAGGAGAAUUUAUUCUUCAUGUCUUUGAAGGAAACACUUUGACACUAAAAUGUGUUGCAAAUGUUGAUCGCACCAAGGUUACAUUUUUGGAACCAAAAAUACUCUUCAGUAAUUGUCCUCAAGGUUUAACAACUUGGAGGAAAGCUGUUCUUCACAAUGUAGGGCAAAGCCAUGCUUAUUUUAAGGUUUGUGAUCAGAGUCUUUUGCCUACCAUUAAUAUUAUUCCAUCUCAAGGAAUAAUUCCAUUUGGGGGAAUAGCUAUUCUCAAUAUCUCCUGUACACCCACUGUGGCAGAAAAAUUUGAUACAAGAGCAAAGAUUGCUAUUCGUCAUGCAAAUGUCAUAGACCUUAGGAUUGGUGGAUCUAUUGAGAUUGCUGAUGUUGAAAUCAAUCCGGAUGUAUUUAAGUUCAGUGGCACCUAUGUUGAUUCCACCCAGAUUAUUCCAUUUGUAAUAAAAAACAAAGGUAUAACACGUGCCAGAGUACAGUUUAAUCUAAAAGACUUUCCAGGUUUUUCAGUGGAUCUUAAAGACAAAUCAGGGGAAUUCACAGACCCUGCAGUUCCUGAUAUACAUUCCUUGGAGUUAGAUGAAAAUACGUCUCUGGAAUGUGGCAUAGCAUUUUCUCCCAAAGAAGUGGCAACAUAUGAAUUCAACAUUCAAGUUCAAAUUAAUUUCUUUGAAGCUUCAGAACUCUACACUAAAUAUUUGUCAAGUUCUUCGAAUCCAAAGAAAACACCACUUAUUCGACCUUGUUAUGUUCAAGCUACUGUAUUGCAAGCACCAUUGAGAUUAUCCAGUACUGAGUUUGGAUUUGAAAUUCCUUUACAUGAGAUGGAUCCUAAUAACAAGGUCACAAAUACUCAGGAUCUUGUCUUACAUAACAUUUCAAAACAAGACGUGCGAUGGAUUUUGGAUCUUAGUAAUACUGGCAAACUUUUCAAAGAUGGCACAUUCAAUUUUAGUGCACUGACUGGGAUUCUGGAACCACAAGAAAAGUAUAAAGUUUCCAUAAAUUUCUGUCCAAAUCAUAUUCGAAAAUACACAGUUAAAGUUCCUAUACUUUUAAAUGAUAAUCCGGUUUGCUAUCGAACAUUAUGUCUGACGGGAGAGGUGAAAUCACCCAAGUUAUUGUUUGACCCUCCAUUUAUAUUUUUCACUCCUGUUCCUUUGGAUACAACAACUAUGAUGGAUAUCAACAUUUUACCUCAAAACUAUUUUAGUAGUUCAACGCUACAUAUCCAGAUUCCUGCAGCAAGACUUCUUGACAGUGAUGAUGAGAUUCAUCCUCUUUCUGCUACAUUUCCAAAAGGCAGAAUCAUCACAGGCUCUCAGAGUGGAAUUAAUGAUGAGCUCACCUGCCACCUCAGUUUCAAAUCAUCUAAACCUGUGUCAUUUUUCACCAAUCUUCUGUUCUGUGAUGACAGAGAUAACUGGUUUUCACUUCCAGUUACUGCAACAGCAGAAAACUGCAUUCUUACUAUUUAUCCAUAUAUGGCAAUUCAUCUGGAUAAGCAAAAAAUUAUUUUAAAGAAUGAUAAGGAUGGAAGUCCUGUGAAGACAAGAGACAGCGUUUUGCUUCCCUACCAGGAUGCUAAAUCACCUUCUCCUCCUUCAAUUAAAAAGACAUCCACUGCUACUAAAUUUAAUGAUGCUGAAUCUGAAAGGGGAAACUUAUAUAUUGGAAUGGAAAUAAUAUUUGAAAAUUUGCACUUGGAUGAAAGUGAAACAUCAAUGGAAAAUGAUGGGUCUACAGAAAAGGAGGAGAAAAAUGAACAAUUAUUUUCUCCUGAAGAAGGAACAGAGGCAUACAACUUCUUUCAGAAGGUUGUAAAUGCAGCUCAGACCUGGUUCAGUCUCUUUGGUUGGCCUGAAGGACCUCAUUCUCUUUCUAUUCCGGAGACUAUAAGAAGAGAGGUGUAUAAAGUACAAUGCUACUCAUCGACCUCAUCACCCCCAAAAUUUUCCAGGCAAAAUGACUUUUCCAAGUACAAUAAGACAAUUUAUGAUAUACUGCUCCACUUGAGUGGAAAAAUGCCACCUGGAAUUAAUUUAAGUCAAUCAUUACCUGUGGAUAACAAUGAAAGGGUGAUUCAACUUCAUUUGCAACAUUCUUCACUUCUGGACUUUCUCGU